GGGGCUGAAGCUGCGCGCGGCGGCGGAAGAUGGCUGCGGCUGAGGCGGCGGACACUCAGCUGUUGCUCGGCGUGGGGCUGAUCGUGACCAUCUUUCCACCGUAGAAAAGGACACAAAUGGAGAAGUACUGUGGGUGUGGUGUUAUCCUUCCACGACAGCCACAUUAAGGACUCUGCUGCUCAGAAAAUGCUGCCUUAUGGAUGAAAACAAACCUCUCCAUCCCUUUGUCUUUGGUCAGUACAGAAGAACAUGGUUUUAUAUCACAACAGUUGAAGUUCCGGAUUCUUCAGUUUUGAAAAAGGUGACUCAUUUUUCUAUUGUUCUGACCGCCAAAGAUUUUAACCCAGAGAAAUAUGCCGCCUUCACUAGGAUAUUGUGUAGAAUGUACUUGAAACAUGGAAGCCCAGUUAAAAUGAUGGAGAGUUACAUUGCAGUUCUCACAAAGGGGAUAUGUCAGAGUGAGGAAAAUGGCUCUUUUCUGAGCAAGGACUUUGAUGCCCGAAAGGCAUACCUUGCAGGCUCCAUCAAAGACAUUGUGUCUCAGUUUGGAAUGGAAACUGUUAUAUUACACAUGGCACUGAUGCUAAAAAAACGAGUUGUCGUCUAUCACCCCAAAAUAGAAGCUGUCCAGGAGUUUACCAGGACGCUGCCUGCCCUGGUGUGGCAUCGACAGGACUGGAGCAUCCUGCAUUCUUACGUGCAUCUCAGCGCUGAUGAGCUGGAAGCCCUGCAGAUGUGCACAGGCUAUGUUGCGGGCUUUGUUGACCUGGAGGUAAGCAAUAGACCGGAUCUGUAUGACGUGUUUGUAAAUCUGGCAGAGAGGGAAAUCACUAUCGCUCCGCUUGCAAAAGAGUCCAUGACAAUGGGCAAGCUGCACAAAGAAAUCGGUCAGCUGAUCGUGCAGUCAGCGGGAGACCCCGAGAAGUCGGACAGCCAAGUCAUACAGGAUAUUGCCCUCAAAACAAAAGAAAUUUUCACCAACCUGGCGCCAUUUUCAGAAGUUGUGGACGAUGGAGGGAAGAGAGUCCUCAAUUUUGAGGCAUUAAAGCAAAAGCGAUUUCCACCAGCAACAGAAAACUUCUUCUACCACCUAGCAGCAGCUGAGCAAAUGCUGAAAAUCUGACCGAGACAGAAGGUCUGGCUGGUGACUGUUAUAAAGCUCUCCUUUCAUUCUGAUUAUCCAUUAAUUAUGUAAAAUACUGGAAAUAACAGAGGAGAUGUUAUAUUUUUAAAUGGUUUAUUUGAAAGUAUUGAGAUUUGACCUGAAAAACACUGAAACAUGAAAACACUUGUGAUUUUCUCCCCGCUGAUUAGCGUCUCGCCUGCUGUCCAAGUUGGGCAAAGCGUUGUAAGGGCCGUGUCUGGCGCCCUGAGCCAGCUGGUGUCUUGGAGCAAGGGAAAAACUCCGUUGAGUCCCGUGCGGACCGCAGCACAUGCGAAAGCCUUCAUUACAACUUCCUGUUUGUCUCAUUGUGUAGCCAUAAACUAACGGUUCAUUUUCAGAAAGCUGCCUGAAAUUUUGCUUUGUAUUCUUCUAGGAAGAACUUUAAUUCCUCAUGAGGAAUUCUACUUUCUGAGCCAAACUGCUAAGUUUUCUGCAGAACUAUCUAGAAGAUCAUUCAAAAGACCCUGCAGUUGCACUUUCUUGUAAAAGAAAACGUUUUUCUUAGCCUUUGAGCAUUUUGCCUAUAUUCUGAAAGUUUUGCAUAUACUUUAUACUUGAGUAGAGAUCUUUAAUAAUCCAUAUUUAUACUGCUACAGAAGUAAGCACCCGGCAGACUUAAGCCAUUGGUACUCUUCGUUUAGCCCUAUCCUCUGGGGAAGAUGCUGUAUUUGUGUGGUAGAGUAAGCAAGAAGCCUCUUUGAACAGUAAUGUCCGUCGGACUGAGCUUGAGGCUGUCUAUAGUUGGUGAGAGAGAAUCAACUUCUUGUAGGGGCCAAAACCAGGACCAUCUUCAUCCAACCCUAAUACAAUGAUUCGGUCAUGUAUCAAGGCGAUUCUUGUUCAGUUGUGUACUUUUAUCAUAAUUGGAGACCUUAAAAUUGCCAAAUCAGCAUGGAUGCCUACACUGUGCACUCACUAUUUUAUUACGUAUAUUAAUUAUGAAAGGUUACUUCCCACCCAGUACUGUUGUCCUUUGGAAUUUUACCUGGAAAUAUGCUUAUAAAAAGUUGUCUUUAUUAAAUCUUUUUUUUUCUUGUUAUUA